AUGCCCCUUCCCUGCCAGCAGAGCCCGGUGCUGGCAGGCAGCGCCACUCUGGCCGCCCUGGGGGCACUGGUCCUGUACCUGGCGAAGCCCUCCGGCUACGGGAAGUACUCGGAGAGCCUACUGCCCACCGCUACCCGCCUGCCCUCCCGCGCCGCCUGGUUCCUGCAGGAGCUGCCCUCCUUCGCGGUGCCCGCGGGGUUCCUCGCCCGGCAGCCGCGCUCGCUCUUCGGCCAGCCUGCGACCGUGCUCCUGGGCCUCUUCUGCGCACAUUACUUCCACAGGACAUUUGUUUACUCAUUACUCACUAGAGGGAGGCCUUUCCCAGUUGCGUUCCUUGUCAGAGGGUUUGUCUUCUGCACGGGAAAUGGACUUCUCCAGGGCUACUACCUGAUUUACUGUGCUGAAUACCCCUCUGAGUGGUACACAGACGGACGGUUUCGCCUGGGUGUCUUCUUAUUUAUUUUGGGAAUGGGAGUCAACAUUCAUAGUGACUAUAUAUUGCGCCAGCUCAGGAAGCCCGGAGAAGUCAUCUAUAGGAUUCCACAAGGUGGCUUGUUUACGUAUGUUUCUGGAGCCAAUUUCCUCGGUGAGAUCACUGAAUGGAUCGGCUAUGCCCUGGCCAGUUGGUCCCUCCCAGCACUUGGAUUUGCGUUUUUCUCACUUUGUUUCCUGGGGCUGCGAGCUUUUCACCAUCACAGGUUCUACCUCAAGAUGUUUGAGGACUAUCCCAAAUCUCGGAAGGCCCUCAUUCCAUUUAUCUUCUAAAGAAACCAGAUAAAAAAGAAACUAAAAGCUCCCACAUGACUGUUGAACACCAUCAAGCUGCUAGGCUUUAACUUUGAAAGUUCCAGUGUGUAUAUAAACCAGGAGGCUCUUGUGUUCUGACAGCCGGCCUGGGGAUUCUGUGGGGUGGCUAUUCUGUGUGUCUCUGUGUGUCUUCCCAGGGUCUCUCUCCUGAUCUCCUGUUGAAGCUUUGACAAGGCUCUUCUCUGCAUGGAGACAUCUAUCUGUUCUUUAUCCAGUCCUCCUAGAAAGUGCGAAACUUCCCCAUGUCUUUCCUUCUUUGGGUGAUCUAAGUAUGUGUGGCUCUCUGUCAAUGUAAGACAGCCCUGUAGCCAGGAAAGUUUUCAGUUGAGGGCAGUGCUUGUAGAAUUUAUUAAAGGUACACAUUUUAC